GAGACCUGUGCGGCAGCUUCCGCCACACUCAUCAUGGCGGCGACAGUCGGUGCGUAACUUCCUCCCGCGACCGGAAGUGGAAAGGUACUGCAAGCAUGGCGACAUCGAAGGUGAAGCAGGACAUGCCCCCGCUGGGGGGCUACAGGCCUAUCGACUACAAGCGGAACCUUCCGCGUCGGGGACUGUCGGGCUACAGCAUGUUCGCUGUGGGCGUCGGGGCCUUGCUCUUCGGGUACUGGAACAUGACGAGGUGGAACCGCGAACGCAGGCGCCUGCAGAUCGAGGACUUCGAGGCCCGCAUCGCGCUGAUGCCUCUGUUGCAGGCAGAGAAGGACCGGAGGGUUCUCCAGAUGCUUCGGGAGAACUUGGAGGAGGAGGCCAUCAUCAUGAAGGACGUGCCGGACUGGAAGGUGGGCGAGUCCGUGUUCCACACAACGCGCUGGGUGACCCCCAUAAUGGGCGAGCUCUACGGGUUACGCCCAAGGGAGGAGAUACUCAACGCCACCUAUGGCUUCAUAUGGUACACAUAGGGGCCUGCUCCCCUCAGACCACUGGACCUCCACCUCCCCACUGGGAGAGAAUAAAUGCUCUGGAGACUGCUC